AUGAAGCUCCUCUACAUCGGAAUUAUCAAUAAUGGCCAACAGCCCGCCGUGGAGCUGUGCGCCGAGCGCGAGUUGAGCAGCUACUCGCGUUUCACCCGGAGCAACAUCAGCGAGUUCAUGACCAUGUUCAGCAAGACGGUAGCCGAACGAACGAAACAGGGCCAGAGACAGGAUAUCGAGGAACAGGGCAAGUUAUCGUCUUUGUCUCCGGUCGCAUCCCCGUACCGGCCCCUAUCCACGAUUCUAACCAUCACGUCAUUUACAGAUUUCACAUUCCACGUCUAUGCCCGGACCCAAAAUAUCGCCGCUGUCAUCAUUAGCGACAAGGAGUAUCCGUCUUUGGCGGCGCACCAGAUCCUCUCGAAAGCCCUCGACGAGUUCCUCGCUCAACACCCCAACGCCGACUCCUCCAGGAACCCCGUGACCUUCGCGCCGCUGCGAACAUACAUCACGACGUACCAGGACCCGCAGCAGGUCGACAGCAUCAUGAAGAUUCAGAAGGAGCUGGACGAGACGAAGAUUGUCCUUCACAAGACCAUCGAGAGUGUUCUCGAGCGAGGCGAGAAAAUCGACGAUCUGGUCACCAAGAGUGAGGGGCUCAGCGCACAGAGUAAAAUGUUCUACACUUCCGCGAAGAAGCAGAACUCCUGCUGUGUUAUCUGCUAG